AUGGCAUCCAACUCGAGCAGUGCCGGGACGCAUCCCGGUGGCCUGAUUGACAAGCUUCAGUCCAGCGCCGACCAAGUUCUCGACGCUGCCAAGGCGUCCCCCGCGCAUACGCACGCCGAGCACGAGGCCAGGCAACAAAGAAUGGCAGAAAUGAUGGCGGAUCAGAUGUCCAUGCCCAUGACAGUCAACGAGAUAUCCGUAAACGGAGCCAGGAAUAUCCGGAGGGGUUUCCUCGACCCCAUCUUCUCCCCGAUCCUCAGCGGCAGCCCCGAUGCGCCCCAGACGGUCGGGGAGGUGAUGGCGAGGCUUCAACUCGCCAGCGCGAAACUUUCGGGCCUCCAAAUCCUGAGAGAGACGCCAGAGAUGUACCUGUCGCGAGCUAGCCAGGCGGACCCGUCUACGAGCCCCGGCGACAUCAACGUGUCGGUCGGGCUGAAGGAACUGCCUCGGUUCAAGCUCCAGACCGGUACCGAUGUAGGCAACGGCGAAGGCUCGGCUUAUGGAUCUCUCCUGUGGCGGAACAUGUUUGGCGGCGCCGAGAUGCUCACCUUGAAUGCCAAAACCGGGACGCGAACGAGGUCCGCGUACAGCGCCAACCUGAGCGCGCCGGUGCUGAGCGACCCGGACAGGAGGAUCUCCCUGGAAGGCCUGGCUUCCGCGGCAGAGAAGCCGUGGGCAUCGCACGAAGAAGUCGUCAAGGGCGGGUCGAUCCGCUUCUCCUGGCUCAACGCGGAGCGCGACGCCCAUUCGGUCGAGUACUCUGCGGCAUGGCGCCAAGUCACGGGGCUGGGCCAGGGCGCAAGCCCUACCGUCCGCGCGGACGCCGGCGACACCGUCAAGAGCGCCGUCAAGCACACAUUCUACCGGGAACGGCGCGACAACCCGCAGCUGCCGCAGUCCGGCUACAUGCUGCGGUCCGCGUGGGAGCUGGCGGGCGCCGGUCUGCUCGGCGGCGACGUUGCCUUUUCCAAAAGCGAGCUCGAGGUCAGCGGCGCGGUUCCCAUUCCCCUGCCGGGGGCCGCAGAGCGGUCGGGCGCGUCGCUGGGAGCCGGGCUGAGAGUGGGCAUGCUGUACCCGCUGCCCCUGGGCUUCGACGUGGGCCGAGGGAGCCUCCCCAGCCGACUGAAUGACCGGUUUCAGCUGGGCGGGCCGACCGACGUCCGGGGGUUCAAGCUGGGCGGCUUGGGACCUCACGACGGCCAAGACGCAGUAGGCGGCGACGUGUUUGCCUGCGGGAGCGUCAACAUGCUGCUGCCGCUGCCUUGCAGGGGGGCCGACUCUGGCCUGCGGUUCCAGAUAUUCGCCAACGGGGGCCGGCUGGUGGCGGUCAGGAACAGCGGCAAGACGGCCAGGGAAGCCGGAUCGCAAGGGCUGAGCGCCGGCGCCGUCGGCCGCGGGGUGCUGAGCGCCCUCGGCCACCUGGUCAGCGGCGGCGCCCCGAGCACGGCUGCCGGCGUGGGCCUGGUGUACGCGCACCCCGUGGCGAGAUUCGAGCUCAACUUUAGUCUUCCCCUGGUCCUGCGCCGGGGUGAGAUUGGGACCAAGGGCCUGCAGAUGGGGGUUGGCAUCAACUUUUUGUAG